AUGAAAAAUCAAGAAAAGGUGCCGCUUUCAAUUUUUUUUUUUUUUUAAUUUAUUUCUAAUAGAAAAUAGAUUUAUUUGAUCUAAUUUUACAAGUCCAGCCAAGUCUGAAGAUGAAACGAGCGGUCUAUUGAGCGCUCGUCAACAUUAUUGGCCUCUUUUAAAGCACCAAGUCGACUCAAGAAGAUGUUAUCGAUUGACCUCGUGUCACUGAAAGACCUUUUUUGAGGGAUCACGAGAUCCGUUGGCGGAUUUGCUUGUUGAUAAUAAUUUUUCUCGUCGGCGCAAUAAAAGCCGCAUCGCGAUUCGCAAAUUUCUCCAUUCGCGAAUCCAGACGCACGCAAUGGAGAUGGUCCGAUUUUUGUGGUUGUUCUUGGCCGUCGUCACCACCGAGCUGGCCGAGGACCAAAAACGAACCGACCAAUCAACCCACGUACAGAUGGAAGAAGAAGAAGAAGUGACGGACUUUCAAAAAGGGCUCAUGAAAAUUGUUAAUGAAACAAACGAGAAACUCAAAUUCUUGACGAGCCUCGCGGUUGACAUGAAAACUGCGAUGGACGAGCAAAACCAGGAGAACAAGAAAAAUUUCAACGAGACCAACCAGAGGUUUCUGGAAUUGGCCGCGAUCAUUGACGAGCACCACAAACAGGCGAUCAAAGAUAAUCAGGAUUUGGCGCAAAAAGUGGACGAGAGAUUCAAUCAUUGGGAAAAUGUGAGACUUUGGAUGCUGUGAAGAGGGGAAGUGACGGAGAAAAGCUGCUGGCGAAACCGGAAAAGCGCCGGGAUAAAGAUGAAAUUCUAGAACCGCCAAUUGAUCUUAAAAUUCCCUCUAUUCCAGUAAUUGAGAAAGUCCUAAAAUUAUCAAGGUUUAAAAAAAUUUCUGGUCUAAAUUAAAAAUUUUUAAAUAAAACGUCUGAAAACAAUUAAAGACGUUGCUUGAAAAAUCAAUGUCGUCUCAUGGAAAGUCCUAAAAUUAUCAAGGUUUAAAAAAAUUUCUGGUCUAAUUCAACAAUUUUU